UACCAUUAUAGCAUAGCAAGCAAGCAGUUACUACUCGGCCGUGCAACGUUUAAGAUGCCAAAUUGUUCCCAACACCGCAAUUGUCUCACAUAACAAAAACAACUACUGGAAAUUUUUGAACUUGACAAGUGGUUAAUAAGGUAAAGGAGUAACAAAAAAUCAAUCAAUUGCUACUUGUGUACAAAACGGGAGCACGUAUAAUUGAACGCAGAGUGAAACGAAACUUCACUUAACUAAUGUUCAAGAGCUCUAUUAUUAUGUAGAAAAGGAAGAGACCUUCAAAUAUCAUACAAUCCGACAGUGAAAUUGACAACACAUAAAACCGCACAUACGAAAAGGGCAACUCGCAAAGCACAGACGCCCUUCCAAGUAACACAGAACACUCGUGGGAGUCAGGCACUUGAAAUUCGUUAUUUGUGAUUCGCAUUUACACAAUCACUUCUCGCCCGUCUACAUACCACCGCCACCUUGCUUCAAGCCAUCAACACAUCCACUCUCAAAAACAGCAAUACACAAACCCGACCGAUUGUGACAUCUGUUUCGUUGUCGUAGGUUGGCGAAUAAGUGAAACACUAAAACAAACAAAUAAGCUAUACCCUCAACGUAAUGAGAGGGAAAUUAACACACCAUAUUUGGUACUAUUCCCACUGAAAAGCCUCCACGUGCAUCAUUAAAACAGAGUAACCUAGAAUAUUGCCACAUAAAAAUAUAUACAAAAUUAGGCUAACUAAACUGAAACAACUUAGUUUCAAUACAUAAAUGUUAGUAAGAGUUAACAACUACAUAAAUUGUGGAUUUUACUGUUUAUUCCUCGCUUCCUCAAAGAUUUGGAGGUCAAAUUUAUGUUCAUCACUGCAGUAUAUUCCAAUUCUAGUUAAAUAUAUUGGAAAUCAUCCCGGUUCAAUUCUCGCUAAAGAUCAUAAACAGAAUGAGUGACAGUCGCCGCAAUACUGCAACAGAAUUCAGUUACAUUCUCCAAAGACAGGGAAGCGAUGUUUCGGGAAGUGAAACUCAUGCGUUUGAUGACAUCAAUAAUCUCAUGGAGGCAAAGCACCCAACCAUACGCCAACAGCGACCAAAUUCCGAUGCAGAAGGACAACAUAAUGAGUCGUCGACGACAUUAGGGGGAGACGCACUGUCCUCACUUCCUCAAGCGUCAUUCAACUAUAUAAAUUCCAUUGUCGGCAGCGGCGUCAUUGGCAUUCCAUAUGCACUGCAUCGCGCUGGCUUUGUGCUGGGUUUGAUUCUGCUGAUAUUGAUUGCUUACAUCACGGAUUACUCACUCAUUUUAAUGGUAAGAUGCGGGCAUAUAUGCGGAAGGUUUAGUUACCCAGGCAUUAUGGAAGCGGCUUACGGUAAAUAUGGAUACUACCUACUAUCGAUAUUACAAUUUAUGUAUCCAUUUCUGGCUAUGAUUUCCUACAAUGUUGUCGUGGGUGAUACUCUGUCUAAAGUGUUAGUACGGUUUUUUCCGUCUUGGGGUACGUCGAUGCGUGCUGUACGGCUGGGAGUUGUAUUCUUCGUUACAAUUGGCGUUGUAGUACCGUUAUGUCUAUACAAAAACGUUUCUCGAUUAGCCCGUGCCAGUUUUAUUAGUUUGGCGUGCGUGGUGUUCAUUUUGUUUGCCGUAAUUGUAAAGUUGUUGUCGGGUGAUUACACUGUCGCCGAUUCCGCAGAAUCUUGGAGAUUUGCCAACAUUGAUUUAAUUCCAGCAACGGGCAUUAUGGUUUUUGCAUUUAUGUGCCACCAUAAUACGUUUUUGGUUUAUCAGUCCAUGAGAAAUGCCACACUUGAGCGAUGGGAGAAAGUCACGCACAUUUCAAUUGGAUUUGCUUUAGCAGUAGCAGCUCUGUUCGGUAUUGCUGGAUAUUCUACAUUCCGUGCGCUAUCGCAAGGCGAUUUAUUGGAGAACUACUGUUGGAAUGAUGAUCUGAUGAAUUUUUCACGGGUGCUUUUCUCUAUUUCAAUUUUAUUGACUUUUCCAAUAGAGUGUUUUGUUUCUCGAGAGAUUGUACGCGCUUUUGUGCACCGCUUUGUAUUGAAGGAACCUAUUAGUGAGCUGACAUUAGACAAAGAUCCCAAUCUUGAGAAGGGUGCUGAUAUUGAUGAAUAUGGAAAAACCAUUACGUUGGCUAUAGUUUUCAGCGCUUUCAUCAUUUCCCCAUUAACUGAUUGUUUAGGAUCGGUACUGGAGUUAAAUGGACUUUUGGCAGCGAUUCCUUUGGCAUACAUUCUCCCUGGUCUAGCUUACAUACAAAUGGAAUCUCACUCUCUCUUCAGCCGCGAAAAAUUACCGGCACUCGGUCUGGUCGUCUUUGGAACCAUUGUAACAAUAAUGGGUGUGGCCGUACUCCUACCUGGACUUAUGGGAGAUUGUCGUGCUGAUGUUGUCAUGGAUUACUGUAAGCAAGAAUUUACGGAGAAUGGGAAAACAAAUUCUUCCACUGGUCACAAAUAAAAUAGUAAAUCAGGCCGUAUUCCAGUGAUCCACUUGUUAAAACAUACAUACAUAUUAGAAAUCGUUUUAAAUUACAAUUAAAACAGACGUAUGCACCUGUUAAAUAUGUGUUUACAGUUGAUUAGUAUGUACAUACACACACGCGCUACCAUAAUGCGAAUAUGUUGUCGAAGUUGACGUGCAUAAAAUAUUUUUUAGGGAAAAUAUUAAAUUUAAGAGAUCAAAUUUAAAAACAGUUUGUUCAAAAGUCCAAUCGAGAUACUAGCGAUUCAAAAUAUGGCGCAAAGAUAAAUAGAUCUUGCAAGUUCGCUAAUUGUGAUUUCUGUUUAAGUAGAUUCACAAAAAAAAACACUGUUAAGGUGUAUAUAUGGCUAACAAUAUUUCACUGUCAAAUUCCCAUUUAUAGAUUUAAGAAAUUUUUCGGUAUUAUAAAUAUUUUUGUUGAAUAUGAUGCUCUAACUUAUACACAAUGUAGUUUAUAGUAUAUACAUAUAAUAUAUAAUUUUGUCUGUUACUCCAUAUUGUUACCAUUACUACUUUUAUAACCACAUAAUGAUAUUUCUUUAUUAUUUAUUAUUUGGAAAUUUAAUUCCUAAAACUUGGCUAUGGUUAGCGAUUAAUGUGCAUCCUAUCCUAAGAUGAACUUAAUUCGGGCUUUCAUUGGCAGAAUUAUAUACAUAUAUACAUACACACAUACAUGCAUGGCCACACCGCAAGCAUGUCCACGCGGAAUUAUCCUAAAUUGCUCAGAGCUUUGUGAAAAAAUUACAAAUUUGACACUUUAACACUCUCGGCAAGGAAACAAAUACAUCAACUACUGAUAACUUACAGAGUUUAACAGUUAAGGCCUAUUUACACUGACUACACAGAUAGUCUUACAGAGUUUGUACAUUUAUUGCAAGAUACCUGUUGAAGCUAUGAUCAUUUCAAAAUAAAACAGGAAGUGCAAAAGUAACUAUUUUAUCCAGAAAUUAACAUUAGUUUUGAUAUUAUAUACGAUAUAUACAUACAUACAUACAUACAUACAAAAACUAACAUCGAGUACAUAUAGCACUUAUGGCAAUUACAUACGAAUUCACGAAGAAAUCUUGUUACAUAUUUGUAGAUGAAUAAUAUUACACUAAAGUUGGCUAUUAGAGUCAAAAGCAGCUAAACUCUAAAUCAUUAAAUCUAGCAUUAAGAAUAUUUGUUUGCACACACGUAUAUACAUACUACAUACAUUUGUAUGUACAUGGUAAUGUAUGCAUUCUUGAAUAUAUACUUACACAUAGCGGAGGGUGGCAGCUUUCCGCUUUUACGGAGGCGUAUGUCGAAGUGAAACUUAAAUAAUAAAUUUUGGAAUUCAUUUGCGUACUUUUUAAGUUGAGAUGAACGUUUCACAGUUAAAGUCUUUGGCGCUUAGAAGUACAAUAUCGUCACUUGAAAUGCAAAAUAACGUAUCAUCAAAAAAUUCGAAAUUGAGUGUCUUAUUGAUUACGCUUCACUACUUCAAAUUACAUACGUAAUAUUACAUAUGCUCAACAUUUACAGGUUCUGCACUCUGAUAUAAACCAGCUUUAACCAAUAUUAAAAUUUUUUAUCACUCAUGUUCCAUUUUAUUCCGUGUUUCAUUCAUGCCACUGUAACUUUCCGAAAAUGUUGUUACGUUAUUUUGCAUUUCAGGUGAUUAUAUGUAUGUACUAAUGUACUUAUUUCUAAAAAAAAUGACAGCAUACUUUUUUAUACCCUGGGCAGGGUAUAUUAAGUUUGUCGCGAAGUUUGUAACACACAGAAGGAAGCGUCAGAGACCCUAUAAAGUAUAUAUAUAAAUGAUCAGUAUGUUGAGCUGAGUCGAUUUAGCCAUGUCU